AUGAGGUCAUUAAGUGCAUUUGCUGCCAAUAUGUUGCAAACCCAACAAAUUCAAAAUUCUUCAUCAAGCCAACUUCAACCAAUGGAUCAGUUUAAAACCUCACCUCAGGAACACCUGUCUUUGAAAAGCUACCUCAGCCAAUGUUUUUUGAGUUACACAUGUAGCCCAAGUCGUGGUAGAGCUUCCCCUAGUACCCCCAAAUUCAAAUCAUCCACCUCCAAAGAGAUGUUGAUUGAGAAUAAUGCAAUGCUGUCCAAGAUCUAUAUUUUCAGGCAAAUUAGAUCAGAGCUCAUUAGAUCAAAAAUACCCAUUCUUGUUACAACUUUAGAAACUUCGGAUAUUUGCCUAAGCUUAGAUGUAGACCAAGAAUUUAACGGUGAACUUUAUGAACUUAUUUACAUGAGAUGGAAUCCUUCAAAUGAAUCAACCUUUCGGGCUACAAUCAAUUGGGAAACGAAUGAAGUCCCAUCAAUCAGUUAUGUACUUCAUAAAGAUUGCAUGGUUGGAAUCAAUGCGACGACUCACACGAUUUUCCUCGAUCUGUCUGAAUACAAGAUAACUAGUAAGGAGCUGCUUAUCCUGGGUACCCCCAUCCCACACUUUGAUGGCUUGGCACCUUUUCCCGAAAUACGUCGUAGUAUUGGAAUUGAUGAAUUCUUGGUUCCUAUCAUUGAUAACCCCACCAAUGGUGUGUCUUCAUAA